AUGUCUUCCCCCAUCCCCUUCCCCAAUGGCUUGCCCAUGAUCGACCUUCCCCGUGUGUCCCUUAGCAACCUCCUUAGGCAUGACGAGAAGGAGCUCGACAAGCUCUUCGAUAUAUGUCUCUCGACCAGCUUCUUCUAUCUCAACCUACAGGACUGUCCUAAAGGAGAACAACUCUGGAAUCAGGCAGUAAAGGUCUGCAACCUAGGUAAAGCCACGUUGCCUGUACUCGACAUAGAGACAAAACUGUCAUACAAGUCUCGUGAGACGACGGGAGUCUUUGAUUUAGGAUAUAAGUGUCCCAGCAUCAGCAAGAACAGCGAGCCCAAGUUCAGUAAAGCUUUCAACAAAAACGAGGUCUGUCAUGUAAUGCUGCGUACUCUCGAGACCCAGCUGCAGCUUGAGCCCGGGGCCCUGAUGUCGCUGCACCGACGCGAGGACCCGUCAUAUAACUUCCUCCGCGUACUGCAAUAUCCUGCCACAGCACCAGGAGACAAUCCAAACGCGGCCAAAUUCCCUCCUCACCGUAACUCAUGCUGGGUCGAGCCCGUCAAUAGCCACGUCAUCGUCAACAUCAGCGACGCCCUCGCCGUCCUGACCAACGAGGUGCUCCAUUCCGGCUUCCACCGCGUCAUUGGCGCUCCAGGCGACCAGGCCAAGCUCGACAAGUACAGCGUCCUGCUCGGAUACCGACCGGUACUCAACACGCCCAUGAAGCCUUUCACCAGCCCUUUGAUCCCACAGCUAUCCGAGGAGCAGUCCAGCGACCCAGUCCAGACGUACCAGGAGUAG